AGAAUCAUCCUAAAAUUGCACUCCAAAACUCAUUCGUUCAUUCAUUCAUAUACAUUGCGACAAACAAAUACAAUCUCACUCAUCGUUUUAAAUUUUUAGAGAGAGUGUGUGUGAUUAGCCAAGUGGAGCUUCGUUCAUCAACGUCGAGAAGCGAUGGAUCUGGAGGUGGUUGGGCGGCACGCGAUGCUGUUCGACGAUGACGGCAUGGCGGCGUUCGUUAACUCAUCGGAAGCUCUGGUGGAAUGGAAUUCCCUUUCCAUCGAUCGUUACGAUGUUCGCCACCUUCUCUCCGGUCCCCUUCCCCCUCGCCCCAAGCGCCGCUCUCUUCAUCCUGAACCAGACCUUGAUUUCCAACGCUAUCUCGAUCUCCCUUCUUCUUCCGACGAACAUCCACAAGAUGAUGGUUCAGAUCCAGUGAAUUCAGCUAGCUACCGUGCUGUUGCCUUUUCAUAUGAAGAUCCUAAUGUGUCUAUAGAGACAAAGGACAAUGAUAAUGAGUCUGGUUUCCGUCCUAACUUCCCAGUACCAGAAAGCUUACUCCAUAACCUGGUGAUAAUUGUCUAGGGUACAUAUGAUAUUCUAAGGCUUACGAUGUCUAAGUUUCAGAUGCUCGGAGCAUAAAUGGAGUUCUUGUGACUCAAGGUAGCCAUUCACAGGCACCUUGUUUCCUUUUGAUGUCAUGAGAAGGGGCCGUGCAGGUGGGAUUAGGAUGAUAGAAAUUCGUUGAUUCUUUACCCCUUGAGAGCAAAUGGGAUGAUACAUGUCUUCAUAAAGUCCUGUUUCUUGAUCUUUAUCAUUAUCCAAGUAUAUGUGAGGUUGUCUUGUGUUUGUUUAUAAGAUCUUUAUGUAUAUAAAUAUUCUGCCUGGCCAGACCCUUUUUAAGUUUUUAGUCAUGCUAGUUUUGAAAUUCACAUUUAUUGAUGAAGAAACACUUUUUGUUUGUUUUUCUUUUCCAGCCUCCAAAUGAGAAGGUUCAUCAGAUUAUUUCAAGGACGGCAAUGUUUGUCAGCAAACAUGGAAGCCAAUCAGAAAUUAUUCUAAGGGUGAAACAAGGAGAUAAUCCGACAUUUGGGUUCCUGAUGCCUGAUCAUCAUCUUCAUGCGUAUUUUAGGUUCCUUGUUGAUCACCAAGAAGUUCUUAAAGUUGACAAAGAUGAUAGCGAUUCAACCACUGACAAGAAUAGGACUCAGGGUCUUGAUAAAACAGGUGGUGCAUUGUCUUUACUUGGAUCUGCCUAUGGAUCUGCAGAGGAUGAGGAUGGUACAACUGAGAAUACUCAUGACUUCGAGAGAAAAGAAUAUGAGGGAUUUUUUGAUACUGUUAGUGCUCGUGCAUCUCCAGGAAUAGAACAAGCAGAAUCUUGCUCAGAUGCUGCCAAGAAGGAUAGAAGCAUUCCUAAAAAUUCCAUACCCUCUUUGAAAGAAAAAGUUCCUGUCAUAAAGCGGAACCAUUCUAUCAGUGCUGUUAAAACAGCAACUGCAGCUAGGGCAAAAACUGAUUCAGUGUCUAAUGCAGAGAACAAGUCACAGACUUCUGUGCCUAGUAUUGCUAAGAUUGAGCUGCCUGUUGUUGAACCUCCGUCUGACUUAAAGAGAGCUAUAGAGAAGAUAGUUGAGUUCAUUGUAAAAAAUGGCAAACAAUUUGAGGCUGUGCUUGCAGAACAGGAUCGUGCUCAUGGAAGGUUUCCAUUUCUUCUGCCAUCUAAUCGAUAUCAUACAUACUAUCUGAAAGCUCUUCAAACUGCUGAAAAGUCUAAGUUACUGGGCAAGGGCUACCAGAAGCACAAUCCAGUAGGUCGUGCAGUGGACAAUAAUACUGCUGUACAUGAAGAAAGUGACAAUCUUUCAUAUGGAUCUAUGGCUUCUGAUCUACCGCAUGAUAUGGACAGAAAAGAGAAGUUCAAGAUGAUUAUUGGCAAGUCAAAGAAGGAUGGUCAAGAUCCAACUACCAAAGACAGCCAAGCUCAGAACACAGUUAGCAUGGAUGCAGCAGCAGCAGCAGCUAUUCUUCAGGCUGCCACUAGGGGUAUUAAAAGGCCUAAUGUGGAAUUGUUUACCAAGACAUCAAGUGGUAGUGGUCAAGGCCUUGGAAGUGAUGGUGGGUAUUUGUCCAGCUCUGGGAGUCUGUAUUCAUCUCAACCUCAAGGUUUGGUUGAAAAUUCUAAUCUGACUGCAAAGGCUAGUGCCUCUGCUCCUGUUGCCAAAGCUAUCGCAGAAAAAGUAGCUAUUGCAGCAGCAGGUGAGGCGGACUCCUCUGAAGCACAUAUGACUAAAGAGCAAAAACUUAAGGCUGAGAGAUUGAAACGAGCAAAGAUGUUUGCAGCCAUGCUAAAAAGUGGUGUUGGAACAUUUAAAAGUGAACUGCCACGAGCUUUAUCAGUUGAGCCACCAGGCUCUGGACUUUCUGGUUCUGAUGCUGAGGCUAGGAAUCUUGUGGUUAAAGAAAGGGAAGGAAGUUCUGUUCCAUUUGAAGUGGAUAAUUCGGAUAAAAGUCAGAAGUCCGAGGAGAAACUUACUGUUGAUAAUAAUGAACGACGAUCGAAAAGAAGUUACCGUUCAAGGUCUGGUAGAUAUGAAGAGGAGGAAGAAGAAGAAGAAAAUAAAGAAGAUAAAAGGGAUCGCAAACGAUCUAGAAAAAAGCAUUGUUCUCAUCGAUCUUCACACAGCAGUCGGGACAGGCAUAAGCACAAGAGAAGACAUUCCUCUAAAGACAAGUAUUCUCACAGGGGUACUAAGCAUGACAGCUCCUCUGAUGAUGAACAUCAACACUCAAGGCAGCAUCAUAAAUAUGAUAGCUCCUCAGAUGAAAAGCACCAUUCUUCUAAACGACGACAUAGAGAGAAUAGCAUAUCAGAGCAUGAACAUAGACAUUCUCGGCAUUCAUAUAAGCAGUCUAGUUCGUCUGAUGCUGAGCAUAGGUAUCGAAGCAGAAGUGUAAAGCACAAGAGCAAAUCUCAUGCUGAAAGAGAAACUGACCUGGAGGAGGGCGAGAUAAUUAUGAAAUCAGAUAAGUCAAUAGUAACUGAGGUUGGACGUGCUAGCAGGGAGGCUUCUGCGGGAUUAUCCAAGUCGGAUCACCAUGAAAGGGCACCAUCUCAAUCACCUGAAAUAACUGAUGUUUCUGAUGAACUUAGAGCCAAAAUCCGAGCCAUGUUGAUGGCUAACUUGUAAAUGCUUUACACGAGUCUGACAACUGUAUUGUUUCUACUUCAUAGUAAUAUCAGAUUUCUAUGGUUACAUCAGGCAGAAAUAAUUUGGCUUUGAUAAUUCCUCGUUUUGUAGUUAUCUAGCCCUUUGUUUGGUCUUGCCUAUAAAUUGAAUGAAGUAUUGGCUGCAAGCAAGAGAUUGUGUAUCAAUCGUCUAAUACUAUAUUAACCUAGAAAUGGGUUUUGGGAGACCCUUUUGUGGUAUACUACACAUAUGGAAGAGGAAUUAGAUAAACUCAAACUUUAAUUAAACUUUGC